GCGGUUUGGUUGUUCGUUGGGGGGGUCCGUGCACCUAGCUCCUGGGCUGCGGCUCUUCCUCGGGCAGCAGGAGCGGCGUCACGGACUCUGAAGCGGCCUAAGACCUCGGCGUUGAGUGAAAGAAAAUGACCCGAACCAAGCCGACUGCUCGCAAAUCCGCGGGUGGGAAAGCGCCCCGCAAACAGCUGGCCACUGAAGCCGCCAGGAAAAGCGCCCCCUCCACCGGCGAGGUGAUGAGGCCCCAUCGCUACUGGCCCGGGAUCGUUGCGCUUCGAGAAAUCCGCCGUUACCAGAAAUCGACCGAGCUUCUGAUCCGGAAGCUGCCUUUCCAGAGGUUGGUGAGGGAGAUCGCCCAGGAUUUCAAAACUGACCUGAGUUUUCAAAGUGCAGCCAUCGGUGCGCUGCAGGAGGCCUGCGAGGCGUACCUGGUGGGUUUAUUUGAAGAUACGAAUCUGUGUGCCAUCCACGCUAAGAGAGUCACCAUCAUGCCCAAAGACAUCCGGUUGGCUCGCCGGAUACGGGGAGAGAGAGCCUAAGGGAAGGCAGUUUUUACGGUGUUUUGUAGUAAAUUCUGUAAAA